UAAUUAAAUAUAACCUUAAUUAUUUUUAAGUUGAUUUUAGGUUAUGUUAAAAGAAACUUACUGAAGAAAUAAAAAUACUUAAAAAUAGAGGCAUAAGCCAAAGAAAAUUAGUUUUCGGUGGUUGAUAAUUUCAUGAUAAAUUACUGUACAAUUGCAAAAUAAGAAAUUUAUUUUUGAUAAUUGUUAAGUAUAGUAAUAUAAAUUCUACUGUAUUUCCUAAAAACUUGCAAGAUAGAACUUGAUAAUCAUGAAUAGUUACGCUUUAUUUUCACUCUCCAAGUGCAUUACUCAGAAUCCUUCUGUGUUUUUGAGGUGGUCUGUUGGACUACAAAAGUGUAACUAUUCCAGACCCACAAGUUUUCCAGACUAUUUUCAAAACCCAAUAUUUAGAAAGGAAGAUCAAGCUAGCUUAAUUGAAAGUUCAGAACUAUCUAAAUAUGCCUCUGUGCCAGUUAAACCUCCCGCAUCAUAUGAAACUUCUUCAGUAUACCACGAUCCAUUGGUGAAUAAAGUCAUUAAUCAUGUCAUGGAAAUGGGUAAAAAGAAACUGGCUCGAAGCCUAGUUGAAAAAGCCUUUGAAAACAUAAAAAGAAGACAGAUUGAAAGAUACCACCUUGCAUCAACACCUGAAGAGAAAGCGAAAAUAAUACUGGAUCCAAAAGAAAUAUUGCAUUUGGCUGUUGCCAACUGUAAGCCUCUUUUGCAACUCUCCCCAAUAAAGAGGGGUGGCAUUACAUAUCAGGUGCCUGGUCCUAUAACAGAAAAGAGAUCUUUAUUCUUAGCAAUUAAAUGGCUUUUGGAGGCCACCAACGACAAAGAUAGGACAAUUCAUUUCCCAGAACAAUUUGCAAGGGAGCUCUUGGACGCUGCUAACAACACUGGAAAAGUUGUGAAAAGGAAACAAGAUUUGCACCGGCAGUGUGAAGCUAAUCGGGCAUACGCACAUUACAGAUGGCAGUAGAUUUUAAUGAAUGAGAAUUAUUCACAAUGUACACAUUUAUGAGUUAGUAUUAAAAUGUUUCAGUUAA